GUUUCCGGUAAUUUAUAGCAAAUUAUAAUAUACUACAAUAUAUACUUAUCAGAAAAAUCAGUAACUAAUAAUGGCCACGAGUUGUAUGCAAAGACCUACUCUUCAGAGCGAUUCCAGUGAGCUGAACCGCUUCAUAGAGAAAUUAAUGGCGAAAAUAUUUUGCUUUUACGACGAGCAGUCUCUAAUCGAUGUGACAUUUAAAGUUUCAAACCCAACUGCUCUUGUACCCGCGCAUCGUUUGAUACUCGCAGCAGCGAGUCCCUACUUUGAGAACCUUUUCAGUGGUGAUCAAGACAAGAAUCUCGUCAUCGAGAUAAAUGAUAUCGAUAGCGAUAUUUUUGAGCGUCUUAUAACCUUUUGUUACACCGGCCAGACGCUCGUUACCGUUAACAAUGUCGGUGCCAUGCUGAAGGCGGCAAUCCUGUUGCAAUUGGACAAUGCCAUAACCAGUUGUGUGGACUACCUCAUGGCACACAUUAAUGAAUACACCGUACAAGGUGCAUAUACGCUUGAAAGAGAAACGCAAUGUGAAUAUCUUAAGCUGAAAAUCAUUGAAUUUGGAACACAGAAUUUCAUGGAGAUCAGCCAAAGCCUUGAGUUUCUGAAUUUUGAUGUACAAAAAUUGCAACGUAUUCUGGAAUCUGACAAUUUGAAUAUAACUCGUGAGGAAGAUGCCUACGAUGCCAUAAAACGCUGGUUCAAUUACGAUGUUCCUGCGCGCCAAGAGCAACUGCCACUUUUAAUAGCUUGCCUCCGGCUUACCCAAUUCGAUGUGGACUUUCUGUUGACCCACAUACAGCCGUUACCUGGUUGUGAGAUAUUGGCCUACAAGGCGUUAUCGUGGAUCAGUAAGCCGGAAGCACGAACAAAGAUAAAUAUGCGAUUUACAGGAGCACGUGGGAUCAAAGCGUUAUCGUGGAUCAGAAAACAUGAAGCACGGACAAAUAUAAACUUGCGAUUUACAGGACCACGUGGGGUCUGUGCUGCAAAUUGUGGUGAGAAAACAUUGCUGGCAUUGUGCUCAAUGACGAAUCUUAAUCUGCUACAAUAUAACAAAGCUGAAGAUAAGUGGCAGGAAUAUACGAGCAUAAAAUGCGACCACAUUUGUUAUAGAGCUAUUUUAAAGGAUGAUAAUUUAUUAUUUAUUGGCGGUAUUAAAAGUGGUGCCAGACCCGACAUCGUCCGCAGCUGGAAUAUACGGAAAAAAACAUGGAAAAAUUUGCCCGCCAUGAAACAAGCAAGAGAAUCACACUGCGUUGUCGAAUUAAAUGGUAAAAUCUACGCGAUUGGUGGUCGUGAGGGUAAAAAGGUUCUGUCGUCGGUGGAAAGAUAUACGACUUCCGAUGGUUGGGAGCCUGUGAAAAGAUUAAUUGUUGAACGAUAUAGUGGCAGUGCAGUGACUCUGAAUGGCAAAAUUUACAUUAUGGGCGGUAGUAGUGACGAUAGCGACUUAAAAUCCGUCGAAUGCUACAACCCUGAUUCGAAUACUUGGACUUCUUGCGCGAAUAUGAUAGAAUGUCACAUUUCUCCUGGUGCAGCUGCACAUAAUGGUCACAUUUAUGUUUUAGGCCAUUACUAUGCAGAAGGCAGCAGUAUAGUUGAACGCUACGAUCCUCAGGGAAACACAUGGUCUAAGAUUUGCUCUUUGGAAGUUUGCGGUGGUUUUAUAGCUUGCAUAUCGCUAGACAAUAAGCUAUGGGCUAUUGGUGGCAAGUCUACAUCUGCUGACACGAGUUGUGUAUCAGUCUAUGACGAGAGAAAUGACCGUUGGCGACAAAUGUGUUCAAUACCCGAAUCUAUUAUUCGUUCCUGUUAUGUUGUGCCUGUAGACUUACUGACGUCGAAAGAAUAA